GUCAGUGCGCGGGGUCAAGUCUGUGGGCGUGUCUUGUCUGAUCCACGGCGCGCGCUCUCGGUGUAACCACGCCCCAUCAGCUGUUUCCUCAACUUCAAGCAAGUUGACUGCGACCAGUGUGACGGUGAACCGAUGGUAGACGCCACGGGGUUCUGUCGCCAGGACUUGAUUUUUGUUCUUUUCCCUGCGGACAAUCCAGCAGCAAGUCGUCGUCGGCAUGUCCCUGACGGAUCAGCAGUGGUGUCCCACGAGCGCGCAGGUCACGGUGCUCCAAGCCAGGGGCCUCAGGGUGAAGGGGAAAGGCGGCACGAACGAUGCGUACGCGCUCAUGCAGGUGGGCAGGGAGAAGUACCAGACCUCGGUGGUGGAGAAGAGCGUGGCGCCGGUGUGGAGGGAGGAGGCCGCCUUCGACCUGCCGCCGCUCCUGCAGGGCGCGGGAGGGGAGCGCGGCACGCUGCGUGUCCACGUCCUGCACCGGGCCCUGGUGGGUCCGGACAAGCUGCUGGGACAGGCGGUCAUCAACCUGCAGCAGCUCGGCGAGGACAGGGCCCGCAACAAGAGCGAAUGGUUUAAGUUACUGGACAAGACUGGCAAGCCAGACAAAGACAGAGGAGAGGUGCUUGUGGAAAUCCACUUCAUGAGAAACAACAUGACCGCCAGCAUGUUUGAUCUCUCUGCGGCUGGAAAAUCCCGGUCUCGCUUGGGCAAGUUCAAGGACAAAGUUCGUGGCAAGAAAAAGGAAUCGGACACUGCGUCUAGCGUGGUGCCACCCUUCUCUCAGGUCCUGACGGACAGCGAGGAGGAGGCAAACGGGCAUGGGGAGGUAGUCGCAGGGAAGGAUGAGAAGAAGAAGAAGCACAAAAUGAAGUCUUUAUUUUCUCACAAGUCCAACCUGCAGAGGAACAUGUCUCAGUCCAUGUCGGUUCUGCCUGCGAAGAGCUCCUCACUGGGUGGCAGCCAAUCAUCCGGUCUGAAUGUGGAUUCCUCCGAGGGUAAAAAGAAGUUCAAGUUCAUGAUACAUAAACGCUCCGGCAGCUCAGACACUAAAGAUUCCUCCGCUGGCCACCAAAAACAUGUAGAGCAGAGUAAAGUGUGCAUCAAUGGCAGUCAUGUCUACUGCGAAGAGCCGCAGGUUCGGACCUCUCGCGUCGGAUCAAACUUCAGUCUGGCCAGUUCAGGCCAUGGAUCCAUGGAAGAUGUCCCCGAAAGCUCCCCACCAUCCGUGGAUUCACUUAGGGCAGUGAGGCAAUAUUCACCCUGGACGGAGGAGGAGGAGGAGGAGGAGGAGGAGGAGGAGACAGCUGAAGUAGAAAAUAUAACGGAGGAUGUGGAUGAACUUAGAAGGGGGGAAGAGGAAAUGAAUAGGAUGGAGGAGGAGAGAAGGAGAAAAGAAGAGGAGAGGUUGAGGAAGCAAGAAGAAGUGCUUGAGAGGAUGGCUGCUGAGAAGAGGAGACAAGAGGAAGAAGAAAGACAAAGGAUCGAGGCGGAAGAAGACAAGAAAGUUAGAAAGGAGGAAGAGGAAAGAAUUUGGAGGGAAGAAAAGAGGAAGAGACUUGAGGAAGAGGAGAGGGUAAGGAUGGAGGAGGAGAGAAGGAGAGAAGCGGAGCAAGAAGAAGCCCUUGAGAGGUUGGCUGAGGAGAAGAGGAGGCAAGAGGAAGAAGAAGAGAGAGUCAGACGGGAGGAGGAGAGGAAGAGACUAGAGGAAGAUGAGAGGGUUAGGAGAGAGGAACAAGAGUGUAAAAGAUUAGCAGAGGAAAAGAGACUAGAGGAACAAGAAACAAAGAGAAUUGAGGAGGAAGAACAAAGGCAAAGAGAGGAAGCAGAAAGGAUUGAAGACGAAAAGGCUCAAGAAGACAGGAGGAGGCGAGAGGAAGAGCGUAAAUUAGCAGAGGAAAAUAGGAGAAGGGAAGAAGAAAGGAGAAUUGAAGAAGAGAAAGUGACAAAGGAAGAAGAGAGGGCUCAGAAAGAGAGGAGGAGAAAAGAGGAAGAAGAAUUAAUUAAAAAACAAGAGCAAGAGACAAAUAGGAGACUUGAGGAACUAGAAAGGAGACAGGGGGAGGAGGAGGAAGGGAUUAGGAAAGAGGAGAAGAGAACACAGGAGGAAGAUGAGAGGGCUAGAAAGGAAAAGGAAGAAUAUGAGAGGUUGAUAGAGGACAGGAGGAAACUAGAGGAGAAAGAAAGGGAAAGGAUUGAGACUGAAGAGAAAAUUAAAAAGGAGGAAGAGGAAAGGAUUAGGGUGGAGGAAGAGAGGAAGAGGAAAGAACAGGAAGCAGAGAGGGUUAGGGUGGAGGAAGAGAGGAAGAGGAAAGAACAGGGAGCAGAGAGGAUUGGGGUGGAGGAAGAGAUGAAGAGGAAAGAACCGGAAGCAGAGAGCAUUAGGGUGGAGGAAGAGAGGAAGAGGAAAGAACAGGAAGCAGAGAGCAUUAGGGUGGAGGAAGAGAUGAAGAGGAAAGAACAGGAAGCAGAGAGCAUUAGGGUGGAGGAAGAGAGGAAGAGGAAAGAACAGGAAGCAGAGAGCAUUAGGGUGGAGGAAGAGAGGAAGAGGAAAGAACAGGAAGCAGAGAGGAUUAGGGUGGAGGAAGAGAGGAAGAGGAAAGAACAGGAAGCAGAGAGCAUUAGGGUGGAGGAAGAGAGGAAGAGGAAAGAACAGGAAGCAGAGAGGAUUAGGGUGGAAGAAGAGAGGAAGAGGAAAGAACAAGAAGCUGAGAGGGUUAGGGUGGAAGAAGAGAGGAAGAGGAAAGAACAGGAAGCAGAGAGGAUUAGGGUGGAAGAAGAGAGGAAGAGGAAAGAACAAGAAGCUGAGAGGGUUAGGGUGGAAGAAGAGAGGAAGAGGAAAGAACAGGAAGCAGAGAGGAUUAGGGUGGAGGAAGAGAGGAAGAGGAAAGAACAGGAAGCAGAGAGCAUUAGGGUGGAGGAAGAGAGGAAGAGGAAAGAACAGGAAGCAGAGAGGAUUAGGGUGGAAGAAGAGAGGAAGAGGAAAGAACAAGAAGCUGAGAGGGUUAGGGUGGAAGAAGAGAGGAAGAGGAAAGAACAGGAAGCAGAGAGCAUUAGGGUGGAGGAAGAGAGGAAGAGGAAACAACAGGUAGCAGAGAGCAUUAGGGUGGAGGAAGAGAGGAAGAGGAAAGAACAGGAAGCAGAGAGCAUUAGGGUGGAGGAAGGGAGGAAGGGGAAAGAACAGGAAGCUGAGAGGGUUAGGAGGGAAAAUGAAGAGUGUGAGGAAAAGAGGAGACAUGAGGAACAGGAAAGGAGGAGAAUUGAGGAAGAAGAAAAAAGGCAAAGGGAGGAAGACGAGAGGAUUAGGGAAGAGGAAGAGGAUAGGGUUAGGAGGGAAAAGGAAGAAUAUGAGAGACUGGUAGAGGAAAAGAGAAGACUGGAGGAACAAGAGAGAAGACAGCGUGAGGAGGAAAGGAGAGAAGAGGAAGAAAAGGCCAAAAGGGAAAAGGAAGAAGUGGCAAGAUUGGCAGAGGAAAAGAUGAGACGAGAGGAACAAGAAAAGAAGAGGAUUGAAGAAGAAGAGAAAGUACGAAGGCUGGAGGAGGAGGAGGAGAGAAUGAGAAGGGCGGAGAAAAAAGAGGAAGAGGGCAGGAAGCAGGAGGACGACCAGUUAACGGAUGCAGAAGAGCGGAAGAAAAGAGAAAAUGAAGCAAAAGAUGGACACAAAACUGCCAGGAAGAAAUCCAGAUUAGCUGUGGAGAGCCCCGCAGAAGUCGCCUCUACCAAUCCCUUCGAUGAAACCUUUUCAAACAAUCCCUUUGAAGACAUUCCCGAUUCUGGUGCCGACGGCCGCACUUCCAAAGAGACAAAUGUCCAACAAAGAUGUCAAUCUGCCGUGUCAUCGGCGGGAAGCAAGACCCUCUACCCUGAUAAAAGGGACCUAAUCAGUCCUCUACGGGAGAAGCGACCAGCUCCUCAGCCUCCAGGAAGCAAUACAGCAGAGAGCCAGAGGGAAGAGGAUGCAUCUAAACCACGUGCGACACAAAUUAACGAGCAGAGUAAUGACAAAGACGCCAAAACGGCCAGUGUUCUAGCUCAGCGUUCAGUACAGUUGAUCGCUCCUCUGAGUCAGUCUUGCACAGAUGCAAAGAACCCCCAGAGCUCGAUGCAAAGUGGUACCAUCAGAGGAACAGCAAGUGUAGCCAAACACAGUAAACGCCCUGCACCAUCUAGACCUUGUUCGCUGGAAGAAGAGCCAUCAGCUAAACCCAAAGGAGUCCCGUCUUCCGGUGCCAACGUUUCCGAAGGAGGUUGCUCAGAGACAAAACAAGCCCCUGUUGUUUAUAGCUUGAAUCCAUUUGAAGACGAGGAAGAUGAGCUCACAACCCAAGAUGAGACGACAACCCCUGGCAAUAUUGGUUCAAUGCACUGGCCUCCAGCUUUGUCCCAAACUGCUGAUGAAGAUGCCGCCGCUGAAGCUAAACUCAAAUCCUCAAAAAUGUCCCGUGCUCCUCCACCUCCUGCAAGGACAGCUGCCACAUCCAGCACUUUAGCUCAACAAAACGCAGACGGAGGCCACGCUACGGAUGCAACUGGUGAGGCUGUGCCUGAUAAAGUUGCAAACCAAGCGUGUGUCCCACAGUCAGAAGUCAUUAUCUCUGUUCCCGUCAAGCCUGUGAGAGCACAGAGCACUGCAGAGGCGGCAGGUGUGAGGAAGGAAGGGCCUCCUCCAGCGUCACGCAGGCUUCAGCCUGUAAAACCACUUAAUCCUCCAGAACAACAGUCUGUCUCUAUUGUCCAAGGGGGGAAAUAUAACAAAUCCACAGCAAUUCUCAGUGAAGUUCAAGAUAAAACAAAGGUAAAUGACAGUGGGCUGAAAGGACCGUACUCCCAGCUGACUCAACAGGAACUCAUUUCUCUGGUGCUGAAACAGGAGAACCAGCUGUCUGCGAAAGACAAAAAGAUAUCAGAGCUGGAACAUUACAUCGACGACUUAAUUGUGCGUGUCAUAGAAGAGAAACCGAGUAUCCUGAUGUCCCUAGCCUCUCUGAAGAAGGCUGUCUAGGUGCAUUGAUGUCUGAAACUUUCAGUACUGCUACGCCUAAUUGUUGUGGACCCGAUUCACAAUGGUUCCACAACAAAAACACCACUUUAAAAUACCUGUGGGUUAUAUUCUGAGCGGUAACUGGAGUAAAAGUUUAGGAUUUGCAUCAGAGGUUUGAACAGAGUUCAAGUUCAUCAGCCUGGAAAAUUGAUGAUGAUAAACACCGAAAUAUAUUUUGUAAAAGAAUAGAGGCUGUUCCACAUGGUGAGUGGGUGAUCGGACGGUUGCUGUUCCUAAAUGCAUAAAUCUAAUAAUCAAAAUUCGUUGAUGCAUUGUGGGAUUUAGCAGAAACUGUAGCAGUUUCAACCAAAAGCCUUCCGUUCAGAAUUCACUGACUACAAAGAUUCCUUUUUCUAACUAUUUAGUAAUAUUUUUGACACUUUUCUAUAAUAUUUACAUGUCUGACUUUGAAACAAUCUUGUGUGUUUGUUAUGAUUAUUUUCAUGUUGAGCACAAAAUUAUGUUUUGAUGAAAUAACUUGAUAACGUAUAAUGUUGCUUGAAUGACUGAAUUAUUCUAUUUCAUAGCAAAAAUCCAGUAUAAAGAAGAGCCUCAUUUUGCUGUUGAUAUGAGCCAUGGUUAUGUAGAUAACGUCUCCUGCUCUUGUAUCGGAUUGUAUGAAAGUUUACAUGAUUGUAUUAACUCAAAAAGCACUUUAAUUAAAUGCACAGUAUUAACAUGAUAUUUACUGAAAUGUAUUGAGGUUGCUGCUUCAUGCUAUUAAAAUAUGCUAAAUGAAAUAAA